UUCCGUACACUAUUGCGUAGAGAAGCGAAAGCUUCCGCUUCUAUCCUGUUGCCUGGGAGACAACAGAGAGGGACGCUUAGGAGAGAAGCAGGGUUAUUGACAACACCGUAGGGGCUCAGGCAGUUGUUAUAUAAUGAGUGAAGAGGACAGAUACGCAUUUAUUGCUGAAUGGUAUGAUCCAAAUGCAGCGAUACAAAGACAAUACCAGCUCAACUAUUACACUAAGGAUGGAUCUGUUGAAAUGUAUGACAUAAAAAACCAUAGAGUGUUUUUAAGACGAACAAAAUAUGAUGAAAUUCAUAAAGAAGAUUUAUUUGUGGGCAACAAAAUGAAUGUGUUUUCAAGGCACCUUCACUUAAUUGACUAUGCAGAUCAGUAUACCUCUCGUAAGGUUGGCAGUAAAAAGGAAAAAACAUUAGCUUUGAUAAAACCAGAUGCUGUAACAAAAAUGGGUUCAAUUAUUGAAGCCAUACUGGAUUCAGGAUUCGUAAUCUCAAAGGCUAAAAUGAUGUUACUCUCCAGAACUGAGGCAAUGGACUUUUAUAAUGAACAUCAUUCAAAAUCAUUUUUUAGCGAUCUUGUCAGUUUUAUGACAAGUGGGCCCAUUGUAGCAAUGGAAGUAGUUGGAGACGAAGCUGUGUCUUCAUGGAGAAAAUUAUUAGGACCAACAAAUUCCAGCAUUGCAAGGAGUGAACUUCCUCAGAGUAUAAGGGCAAGGUUUGGAACUGAUGGCACAAAAAAUGCAGCUCAUGGUUCAGAUUCUAUUUCAUCAGCCGCUCGUGAAUUAGAAUUUUUCUUUCCAUCAAGUGGAGGACGUGCUCCAAAAAAUACUGCAAAGUUUACAGACUGUACUUGCUGUAUUAUUAAGCCCCAUGCUGUUUCUGAAGGUUUAACAGGAAAAAUCCUUAAUGCAAUAUUGGAUGCAGGCUUUGAGAUCUCAGCAAUGCAAAUGUUUUCCAUCGAGAGAGCCAACGCUGAGGAGUUCUAUGAGAUAUACAAAGGUGUGGUAGCUGAAUUCAGUGAUAUGAUUGUGGAAUUGUGUUCUGGUCCAUGUAUUGCUUUAGAGAUACGGAAUGCCGAAGCUCCAAAACGUUUCAGAGACUUCUGUGGUCCUGCUGAUCCUGAAAUAGCUCGCCAUUUGCGUCCUAGAACUCUUCGUGCUCGUUUUGGAAAAAACAAAAUUAAGAAUGCUGUUCAUUGCACUGACUUACCAGAAGAUGCUAUUCUAGAGGUACAAUAUUUCUUCAAAAUUCUGGACAGCUGAAUCAAAACACAAAAAACUCAAAACACCGGACUUGGUUUAUUUGUUUUAUUGUCUCAUGUUUAACUUGACUGAAGUUCCAACAAGAGCACAGGACUCCUGGCAAUUAUUACAGAUGUAUGAACAAUGUGUGCACAGUAGACAUUUAAAUACAUCCUAUGGGAUACUGCAUUGCCAUUGACGUUGUUUUAAAAUAAAGAUUUAUUUUUCAACAGGUAACUUUGGUUUUAUUUCAUACAUUUCUUUUUCUUGAAGAAAAAUAAAAAUUGUACAACUACAUAAAUAUAAAAUUCUUCCACCAUGAAAAUGGUUAAAACAUUUGUAAAGACACAGCACCAAACUGUGAUGCUUCCAGAAAAAAACAAAACAAAAAAAAAAACAAAAAAAAAUAUUUAUAUAUAUAUAUAACUCAAAAACCAUUAGCCCUAUUCCUGACAAAAAGUGACAGUCGGACUCGGGCCUCACACACCUUCAUAACGGGCUUAAGCGUUUUAAGGGAAAUGUUUCUAUAAAAAGCAUUAAAUAAAAAGCACCGCACAACCCAUCACCUCUUGCAUUUCAGUGAAACUAAGAAGAGAAAGACAAAAGCAAAAGCUCUUUUACAGAUAAAACGAAUCAAUGCCUUAUUUAAAAGGACUUUGUGGAGUGCUAUUAAAUAUCAUUGGUUGGCCACCACUUCUGUUAAAAUUAAAAAAAACAAAAAAACAGUAGCAACAAAAUUACCAUGCCAGUUUUAUCCCCAUUACAGACUAUUUACACCUUGGACUACAAACUUGCUCACAAAGCAGAAACAAAA